UUUGGAUGACAUCUAUUUUAAAAUAUGAACUCUUUAUGCUUUCUCCUUGUGCAAUGAUUCUAAACUUUUGAGCGUCUACUAGCAUAGCAUAAUAGCAUAGCAAAGCAAAGCAGAGAGUAGGGCAAAAUGGAUGGUCUGGCCAUAAAAGCUUUCAUAAGUGUGGCGCUUGCGCUAGUCAUAGCAGGAUGGUCUGUUCGUCGGAAGUCUCUAAAUCUGUCGGGUGGUUUUGCUGGAUUUGUAGUAAUGGCAGCAACUAUAAUGGCCUCCUACAGGUUUGGAGCUCUUCUCCUCGCAUUUUUCUUCACAUCGUCAAAGCUCACAAAGUAUGGUGCUGAAAGGAAGCGCAAAAGUGAUGCUGAGUACAAAGAAGGAGGCCAACGGGAUUGGUUGCAAGUGCUAAUGAACAGUUUGAUUGCCACAGCAUUAGCAUUAGGAGUUGCAUAUUUAACAGGCUGGAAUGAUAUCUGUUUGGACUCAGAAAAAGCAUCUUUGGUGACUGGUCUUAUUGGAGGUAUUCUUGGGCACUAUGCAUGCUGUAAUGGUGACACCUGGUCUUCAGAAAUUGGUGUUCUUAGUAGCAGUCAACCUCGGCUCAUUACUACCUUUAAGCAUGUUCCACAUGGAACAAAUGGAGCAGUGACUGUUGCAGGUCUUCUUGCUGCUGCAGCUGGAGGUGCUGUGAUAGGGUUGACCUUUGUAUUGACAGGUUUAUUCACAGCAAGAUGUGAAGGCCAGUUAGCAUCAAAGCAAUUAUUAGCAUUUCCGAUUGCAACUUUUGCAGGACUUUUUGGCAGUGUAGUUGAUUCUAUAUUAGGUGCUACAGUGCAGUAUAGCGGGUUUUGUGCUGUGCGAAAGAAGGUGGUAGGGAAACCAGGACCAACAGUUAAGAGGAUUACUGGGCAAAACAUUCUUAGUAAUAACGGGGUAAAUUUUGUUGCGGUACUAAUAACAACUUUGACAACAUCUGCUGUUUGUUUGUACGUGUUUUGAUCUUUGUCGAUACUCCCAUUUAUUCUACAUUUGGCUAUGGUGCAAUGUUUAGUUGCAUCUACUAAAUGAAAUGUCUUGUUGGCUCAAGUCUCCCCUCGGUAACAAUUAUGUAUAAGCACAUUCAAAACUUGGGCACUGCCAACUAGAAUCAGGAAAUAAGACAUCCUGCUUUAUAUAAAUAUGAAUACAUGAGUUACCAUGUUUUUGAAUGCAUA